AUGCCUCCCAUCUUACCUCUGGCUGACCCGUCACAAGCUACCCCGUUCAGCAGCUAUACUCCACGUGUAGCUAUAGUGACUGGUAGCUCACAGGGCAUUGGAUACGAAAUUGCUCAUAGGCUUGCAGACGAUGGCAUUGAUGUCGUGAUCAACGAUAUAUCUUCGAAACAAGCACAAAUCGACAAAGUCGUGGAAGAGCUGCGUAAGAAAGGCGGUCGUGCUCUGGGGAUUCCUGCAGACGUAUCAAAGGAGGCAGAUGUUAUUUCUUUAGUUGAGAAAUCGGCUCAAGAACUUGGAGGUGUUGAUAUUAUGAUUGCAAAUGCUGGGAUUUCACAUGUCAACUCAUUUCUUGACACAACUAUUGAGACCUUUGAUACGAUCUAUUCUAUCAACAUGCGAGGGGUGUUCUUGUGCUACAAGCAUGCUGCUUUACAAAUGAUCAAGCAGGGACGUGGCGGAAGGCUUAUUGGUGCAAGUUCGUCUGCCGGAAAGCAAGGUACUCAAAAUCUCCUAGCGUAUUCUGGCACAAAAUUUGCCGUUCGAGGUAUGACGCAAGCCGCAUCGAUCGAACUAUACAGACACGGAAUUACAGCCAACGCAUACGCACCUGGACUCAUAAAUACACCGCUUGGUAAACCGACUUUGAUAUUUGAUCAUCCUCGUGAUCGUGAUUCCGAUACUUCUGGACCUAAUCUAGGACUUUCGCCUGACGGAGUUAACGAUAACUGCGCCACGAUCAAGAGGCUCUUCGGAGUGCCCGACGCACCUGUUUCAGACGCCGAUACCGUCGCAAGUAUGAUAUCGUAUCUGGUGAAGCCUGAAGCAUAUUUCGUAAACGGUGGGUUGGUAUACCAUUUUCGUAGUGUCAAAAUUGAACAUAUCCGACCAAGCACAGGGCAAACCAUCUCUAUUGACGGAGGCUUCCGUUACUCGUGA